AUGUCCGCCGCCGCUGGUACCGUUCGGGCAGCAGCACCGGCCUUUCUCACUCGUUCUCUGAUAUUUACUCCUUCUCACCUAAGUCACCACCUCCACCAAAAUAUCCAACGAAGCCUCGAUCCUUACAGAUUCAACGCCAGGAAUCUGCACUCGUCGCCGCGGCGUCCAGCCACCGUCCCUGCCUCCUCCUCCGCUGAUAUGUCUGACUCGGCCAUUCCGCACAUUUCACUACACAUCGCGGCGUCUUCGAGCGGGAAAGGCCGAAAAUACCGUCCGGAAUUGAGCACGUACGAGUACGUGCCGAGUGACGACGACGGGCUAGGCCUGCAACAUGGCUCGACGCUCGAAGAGAAGAGGAUCCGACGGCCCGAUAGUGGACAAGAUGCAUACUUUGUCGCUCGUGUUGGAAAGGACCCGAACACCACAGCUUUCGCAAUAGCGGACGGCGUCGGUGGCUGGACGGAGCAUGGAAUCGACCCAGCAGACUUCUCCCACGGCAUGUGUAGCUACAUGGCAGAGACGUCCCUUUCAUGGUCAUCAAACGAGCGGCUCAGUCCUAAACAACUCCUCGAGCUGGGCUACGAGAAAACAAUAAGGGAUCCAGCAAUCCACGCAGGAGGAACAACCGCCUGUGUUGCGGUGACAGAAGGAGACGGCCGCAUGCGAAUCGCAAAUCUGGGCGAUUCGGGUUUCCUACAGUUGCGAUUGGGGACGGUGCAUCAUUACUCCAACCCGCAGACACACGCUUUCAAUACUCCCUACCAGAUGAGCCUCACCCCGCCCGAGAUUCUGGCUCAAGCGAUGAUCUUCGGCGGCUUGCCUCUGAACGACAAACCCGACCGUGCCGAUCUAGCGGACCACAUGCUCCGGCACGGCGACGUCCUUGUGCUGGCCACGGACGGUGUGUGGGACAACCUCAACUCCCAGGACAUAUUGUCCAUCGUGUCUCUGCACAUGCGCACCACGGGUGCCUGGUUGCGGUCCAAGGACCAAGGGUAUAUCGUCUCGCCCGUGCUCUCCGAGCUCGUGGACCACAGCCUAGCCCCUCACAAGCACAAGCUCCGAAUCUCGGACACGGUCGACAGCUCUAUCCAACAACUGCCGCUCGCGACGGGCACUUUGCAGAGCGUUCUGGCCGCGGCAAUCGUCGGGGAAGCAAAGAACGCCAGCCUCAACACGAAGCGAGAUGGUCCUUUUGCCAAGGAGAUGCAGAAGCAGUUCCCCUACGACGCUUGGCACGGUGGGAAAGUAGACGACAUUGCUGUCCUGGUUGUCGUGGCCGUGGAUGAGAACAAGACCAAGGACGACACGCGGAAGCUGAAGCCGAAGCUAUGA